AUGGCGCUGGACCCGCGCUUCUAUCGACACAUCGGCCAGAGCUCCGGCCCUGGCUCGAUCUCGUCCGCGACAUCCUCCGACUCUUCCGCCCUCACUGGCAUCACUUCGCCCAGCGUGUUGUCCACUUCCGCCUCUGCUGCGACAAUACGAUCGACCGCCUCCAGUCCGUCGCUUCGCGCCCGAGAAAGCGUCUCUAUACCGGUUGGCCGCCAAGAUGGAAUCGCCAGCCCAUCGCCCGGUGGUAACGUGCGGGUCGUGGUGCGAGUCCGGAAGUUCCUCCAACGAGAACUCGACCGUCAGGCUGAAUGCCUUAUCGCGAUGGACCCCCACACCCAGAUGACCAGCCUCAAAGCGCCUAAGCCGAAUCCUGGCGAUCGCGGAAAGCCCAAAUCACAAGCACGAGGAAAGGUUCUUGAGGACAAAUCGUUCACUUUUGAUAACUCUUUCUGGUCGCAUGAUGAGCAAGAUGAGCACUAUGCACACCAAGAGGACGUGUAUAACUGCCUGGGCGAGGAGUUCCUCGAUCACAACUUUGAGGGAUAUCACACGUGCAUUUUCGCCUAUGGCCAGACUGGCUCGGGUAAGAGUUAUACUAUGAUGGGCACACCAGAACGGCCGGGCUUAAUCCCUCGUACCUGUGAGGAUCUAUUCCAGCGCAUAGAAUCCUCGCCAUCUCCCGAUAUCAGUUACAACGUUCGAGUAUCUUACUUCGAAGUCUACAACGAACACGUGCGAGAUUUGUUGGUCCCCCGGACAGACCCUCCGCAUUAUCUUCGAAUUCGCGAGUCUCCUUCAGAGGGCCCAUACGUUAAAGACCUGACUGAAGUAACUGCGAGAAAUUAUGCGGAAUUGAUGAAGUACAUGCGAAAGGGCGAUGUCUCGCGUACCGUCGCAAGCACCAAGAUGAACGAUACCUCGUCACGAUCGCAUGCUGUAUUCACCAUUACGCUGAAACAAAUCCAUCACGAUCUUUCUACGGACGAAACAACAGAGCGAACGGCUCGCAUUCGAUUGGUCGACCUCGCAGGUUCUGAGCGCGCCAAGGCGACCGAGGCGACUGGUGCAAGAUUGCGCGAGGGAUCCAACAUUAACAAAUCUUUGACUACGCUUGGUCGUGUUAUUGCGGCUCUGGCCGACCCAAGAAAGACUCGUGGAGGCCGAAAGGGCAAGGAGCUGGUGCCGUACCGUGAUUCGAUCUUGACAUGGCUCUUGAAGGAUAGUCUCGGUGGUAAUUCCAAGACGGCCAUGAUCGCUUGCAUCUCUCCUGCCGAUUACGAAGAAACCCUUUCGACUCUGCGCUAUGCUGAUCAGGCCAAACACAUUCGCACUCGCGCUCGCGUCAAUCAAGACCAUGUGUCGGCUGCCGAACGGGACCAAGAGAUCGCUGAGAUGGCGGAGACUAUUCGCACUCUCCAACUGAGCGUAAGCCAGGCACAUGCCAACCAGCGUGCGACCGAGUUGCAGGAUGAGAGACUGGAGGAGUACCAACAAAAGGUGGAAAAGAUGCAGCGACUAAUGGAAGAAACCAAGAUGGUUAGCGAGUGCAAGAUUCGCCAAUUGCAGACCGAGAACGAGGCUCUGCGCAUGCACUUGAAGCUCGCACUAGAGAGUCUUAAGAAUCCCAUUCCACCAGUCACUAUCGAACCACGUCAAAGCCUAUCAUCAUUGGCAGAAGAGGAUCAAUUGCCCAAUCACGACCAGGAGAACCGGGAGAGCUCCCCUGUUGUCGAGCCGUCUGACUCUGAGCCAGAGGUUUGGGAAGACGAGGAUGAUGAAUACGAUGAUGACGAAGCCGUUGCAUUCGACAACAGUGAACAUGAAGCGUACCAGAUGCAGGAGCGCAUGCAAGAUCUGCUCGGCGAUCUGGGAGUCUUCAAGCGCAAGCUCGCAUCUGACCAUGAACGGUGGCGCCUCAAUGAGCAUUCGCGAACACGCCAGCGACGCGUGCUUGGAACAAUCGCUGCUAACAAUCGUUAG